GCCCAGCCUGGGGGCUCUGCCUGGCAGCCCCAUCCCCCAGGAGCUGGGAUGCAGCAGGGUGGGAGCCUGUCCCUGAGCUUCCUGCCCCCCCAGCAGGUGGUGCUCCACGGGCGGGGCCGGGAUCUCUUCACCUUCGUCACCGUGGCCUCGUCCCACAUGAUGCGGACGCUGCAGAGACCCCACAAGAGCCGCCCCGGCAAGCGGCGGGUGAACCACCGCCGGUUCCUGCACAACCAGAUCAGCAGGCGAUUCGCUGACAUUGAAGCCUCGACACACCGCCUGGCCUCCUCCAUCCUGGCCCAGGAGGCCCCAAGGGACCCCGCGCCCCCCGCAGAACCCCGGUGUCCGGGCCCAGAGCCUCCCGCCCCAGCUGCCAGCUCCUUCCUGGGAGUGGCCGAGGCCUUUGUGGCCCCGGAAUCAGGGCCUGGCUGGGGCCUGAGCGUGGCCUCCCUGACCCCUGACCCCUGCGACCUCUUUGACCCCAUCACCGGCCCAGAAGAUCCAGGGCUGCCCCCGAGCUGGGCCCCAAUUACCCACAGUCCCCUGGGGCCUAGCCAAUGUCCCCUGCCCUGGGACCCCCUGCCCACCCUGGGCAUGGACAGUGCCCCACUCCGGGCCCCAGAUCCCCCUGGCUACCUGCCCCCCUUCUCCCACGGGUACCCUGUCAGAGUGGUGCCAGGGGGGUGGUAA